AUGGGGUACAAGGACCUCGGAAACGACUGGCAGCACUCGUUGGUGCUGGCAACCGGCAGCGCGGACGGGAGCAUUCACGUCUUCGACUUGUCCAAGGGCCAGGGCGAUGAAAUUCAGACGUUGCUAGGGCACAGAGAUAGGGUUUACUCGGCUGACUUCCACCCCACCGAGCCGAAGCUCGUCUCUUCCAGCGCGGACAAGACUGUCCUGAUAUGGGAGCCGAACAGGAAGCGCAACUCACGGAAAGGAUUUUGA